AAAUAAUAGCCCUUAGCCUCCACAUGUCUGACGUCAACCGUCGCACAAAAGUGACGUAGACGCCAACGCGGUCGCAGCACAUGAGGACAACAACACCAACAUCUUCUAUUACAAGACGUCUUCUCUGGGAAUUAUUUAAAUGGUCUGUGGCAAAGCGAGAAGCUGAUUAGGAAACCAGGAGUGUUACGUCAUCUGGACUAAGGAGGUGCGACACCGUCCGGCUCGGCACCAGCCUGCACAUACACAUCCAGGGGGCACUCUCUAGUGUAAAACCACCAUUCCCUUACAGCAGAGCUCCUCCUAUGGUAACAUGGCAAAGAACAAGCAAAAGGGGAAAAAGCAGAAGAGCGUCUUCCAAGUGGCAAACAAGCAUCUGAAGCUCAAGCACAAAGCGAAGCCCGUCACGACUACACUCAAACACCUCAACGCCGUGAAAAACGAGAAGGUGGAGAAUCUCAACCAGAUCUUCACAGAAGUCCAGAAGGACAUGAGGAGCGCUUCCAAAUCUGUUGCUGCCGAGCCCAAGAAACAAACACAGGUGAAGGCUGCCAGAGAGCCACCGAAGGAGUCUGUGAACGUGGACAGCGCUGCUCAGCUCUUCUCUCAAUUAUAGGCCAAGAAGCAAGCAAUGUCACGAGCGCAGGUGACAGACGAGCGAGCUGCUCCUCGGGUCACGCUGGAUGAUGUUGGACGGACGGAGCCGCUGUCAGUGUGUUUCCAAUACGCUCUGACAUCUCAUGCCAGGACUGAAGGCUGCCGACCGGAGGAGGCUGCAGACAGAUCGCUGUGUGAUUAAAGGACAUUGAUUUCCGACCGGCGUCAUCGGGUCAGAGACUUGUGAUGUUCAGUCUCGGAGUAUGUUUUUAUCUUAAUUCUCCAGCUACGACUGCUGAAAUGUUGAUGUGCUAAUUAUUGUUCGCAUUUUGCUAGUUGCGGAAUAAAAUAAAUAAAAAUAUAAAAUCAUAUAAUUAAGAGAGACCUGGUGGUGCUUAGCAUUCAGCAAUUACCUUCCUGUUGAUUGACAGUUGAAUAAUUGAAUGAUUGUUUAACACAGCUUUCUUUAUUAAACAGAAAAAAUGCU